AUGCUAGCUACCACAUGUAUUAAAUUUCGAGGUAUUGGGCCCAAUGUAAGAUAUGAAAUAGGACCCGAAAAUCUUUUGGCCCAACCUUACACGAAACAAUUUUUGCCCGCCAAAACGAAGUGCCUGUUCCAUUUCCCGCCAAAUCCUCAGAAAACCUACGCCGAAAAGACGAGAAGAUACUGCGAUUUGAAGCUCCGGCGAGGGUUUGCCAUGGAUCUGAGCGAGGAUGUCCGGGCAGCACACAAGCGGACAUUUCUCAAGUUCUUCGAACAAACUGAUUACAACAUUGAGCUGAAAAAAUCGCUCGACUAUAUGUUUACUCAAAAUCGUCGCCGUUGUGUAGUUAACCUUUCUCAUUUCUACCACCAUAGAGAAGGGACUGAUCUGGCUCGCAGGCUAUUGCAGUCUCCGAGCGAGUAUAUGCAGCCGCUUUGUGAUGCAGUGACUGACAUGGUUCGGAGCAUGAAUGCUAAGUACUUAAAGGAAGGAGAACAAAUUCUGGUUGGGCUUGAGGGUCCGUUUGUCUCCCGAAGAGUGACCCCACGAGAGCUCUUAUCUGGGUUUAUCGGCUCCAUGGUCUGUGUGGAGGGCAUUAUUACCAAAUGUUCUCUUGUUAGGCCAAAAGUUGUCAAGAGUGUCCACUUCUGCUCAGUUACAGAGAAAUUCACAGUGCGUGAGUACAGAGAUAUUACAUCCAAUAUUGGCUUGCCGACUGGUUCAGUGUACCCAACACGAGAUGAUAAUGGCAACUUGUUGGUAACAGAGUAUGGUCUUUGCACUUAUAAAGACCACCAAACUCUAUCAAUGCAAGAGGUUCCAGAGAACUCAGCUCCCGGCCAGCUUCCGAGGACAGUGGAUGUUAUAGUCGAAGAUGAUUUAGUGGAUUCAUGCAAGCCUGGAGACCGUGUGGCGAUAGUUGGGAUAUAUAAAGCCCUUCCUGGAAAGAGCAAAGGCAGUGUGAAUGGAGUAUUCAGGACGGUUCUCAUAGCCAACAAUGUCUCUCUUCUCAACAAAAUGUCACACAACUUACAGUAUUCGAGUGACGAUAUGAAAAAUAUUAGGAAGGUAUCUGAAAGAGAUGAUGCGUUUAACCUUCUUGCUAACUCUCUUGCUCCAUCUAUAUAUGGGCAUCUGUGGAUAAAGAAAGCAGUCAUUCUGCUGAUGCUUGGGGGAAAUGAAAAGAACUUGAAGAAUGGGACUCACUUGAGGGGUGAUAUAAACAUGAUGAUGGUCGGUGACCCCUCUGUUGCCAAGUCCCAGCUGUUGAGAGCUAUCAUGAACAUUGCUCCUCUGGCCAUAUCAACCACCGGUCGUGGUUCAUCUGGUGUUGGAUUGACUGCUGCAGUUACUUCUGACCAAGAAACAGGUGAGAGAAGACUGGAAGCCGGCGCCAUGGUUCUUGCUGAUAGAGGGGUUGUUUGUAUUGAUGAGUUUGACAAAAUGAACGAUCAGGAUCGUGUUGCCAUCCAUGAGGUGAUGGAGCAGCAAACUGUGACCAUUGCCAAAGCCGGUAUUCAUGCAUCCUUGAAUGCUCGGUGCAGUGUUGUGGCAGCAGCCAAUCCAAUAUAUGGAACAUAUGACCGUUCGUUAACUCCAACAAAGAAUAUUGGGCUUCCUGAUUCUCUUCUUUCUCGUUUUGAUCUUCUGUUCAUCGUCUUGGAUCAAAUGGAUCCUGGGAUUGAUCGUCAGAUCUCAGAGCAUGUGCUACGUAUGCAUCGAUAUCGUUCGAUGGUUGAUGGAGGUAUGAGAUUAGAUGAGAGUUCAAGGCACGAUGGCGAGGAGGAUCCAGAAGCUGGUUCUUUGGUUUUUGUCAAGUAUAACCGAAUGUUGCACGGGAGAAAAUCGGAUAAGGGUCGUAAACGCGAUACUCUCACUAUCAAUUUUCUUAAGAAAUACAUUCAUUAUGCAAAGAACAGGAUUCAGCCUGAGCUCACUGAUGAGGCAUCUGAACACAUAGCAACUGCAUAUGCGGAGCUUAGGAAUGCGGGUUCAAAUGUAAAGACAGGAGGGACACUUCCGAUCACCGCAAGAACCUUAGAGACCAUAAUUCGUCUCUCGACUGCCCAUGCCAAACUUAAGCUACGAAGACAGGUACUGAAGCCUGAUGUAGAAGCUGCUCUGCAAGUUCUAAACUUUGCCAUAUAUCAUCAAGAGCUGAAUGAAAUGGAGGAGAGGGAGGAAGUAUGGCGGAGAGAAAUGGACGAAGAGCGUAGGGAAGAUUCCGAAGCUGGUGGUAAUAACGAUGGAGCUCGUACGAGAGGUGCAAGUGACGAAACCAACAACAAUGGCUCAACUGCUCAAACUGGUGAAACUGAACCUAUGGAUGUAGAUGCACCUCCAUCAAGUGAGGUCAACAUAUCACAAGAAAGAUUGGACUUGUUCAGUGCAGCAUUAGGGAAGUAUAGGCAUGCACAACAUUUGGACCAAAUGCCGAUAGCUGAUAUCGAGAGUGUGGUUAACGUUGGAGCUCCCGUCCCUUACUCGGGUGCCGAGAUUAUGUCUCUCUUGGAG